GUAAAUCCCAAUCGAGAAGCAAAAAAUCAGAUAACAAACUUGGGUCUCGGGAACUCUUUUUGCCCUCAAGACAAGCAUCCCAAAGCAAAUACCUUGUGUGCACUUUCUUUUCUGCAAAUUUUCUGUCUGUCUCUCUCCAAUGUUCAUUCUCUUCAUAUUUCUCUCUUCCAUUCAUGUUUGAUUCUCAUAUACUGUUAGUAUGGGGGCUCAAAAGAGCAUCCAUGCCGGGAAAGUUCUGUUUGAUGGUUUUUAAGUUUUAAAUCCAUGGGUUUGUUUGUCUGCAACAGCUAAGAUUGAUGUCAAUGUUGAUCUCACUCAUAAGUUAUGUGCUUCAUUGAUGCUCCCUUCUCUCAGGAACGCUGGCAGCCCUUUUUCACUCAUAAUUGGGAGUCUAUGCCUCAAACACCCCAAUUUAUUUGGUGGGAGUGAGAAGCUUGAUGUAUCAUGGGACAAGGGGCUGUAUGAUUCAAAUGUAUUGAUAGCUUAUAGGAGGCCAAGACCCGAAUGGCUUGCUCAACAAUGUUUUAUCAUGCAGCAUUCUGUUUCACCUGAAAUCGGCAUCCAUGGUACACCAGCCGACAAUUUCUCUCGUUCAGGGAGUGGAGGUGUGAAUUUGUCUCGAUUUUCAGUAGGCUUGGAUCUGAAUGAGCCUGCAAGUUCCCAAUGGAGCUGCACAACCAGUAUUAAAUUUGAGCAUGUACACCUGCUGAAUGAUGAUGGCCGCUCUAUAACUAGUGAUCCUGAUGGGUUCCCAGUGACUUGCAGUGGCACUCCUCAUGAUCAUAUGGUUGUCUUAAAGCAAGAAUCUCGAUAUGCAAAGGCCAAUGAUCAUAGUUUUUCUCGUUGCAGCAUGCAAAUAGAACAAGGGAUUCCCGUUUUUUCAAGGUGGCUAAUAUUUAAUCGGUUCAAAUUUGUUGCAACAAGGGGAGUUAAACUUGGGCCAGCAUUUUUCUUGGCAAGCCUGACAGGUGGUUCCAUUGUAGGGGACAUGGCUCCUUAUCAAGCAUUUGCUAUAGGUGGUGUUGGUAGUGUGCGAGGGUAUGGUGAGGGUGCUGUUGGAUCAGGGAGAUCAUGUCUGGUUGCAAAUAGUGAAUUAACAUUCCCUUUGAACAAGAUGUUGGAAGGUGUUGUUUUCCUGGACUGUGGAACAGACUUGGGUUCCGGUCGACUUGUACCUGGAAAUCCAGCACGAAGACAAAGCAAACCAGGGUCUGGGAUUGGGUUCGGUUAUGGUCUUCGCUUAAAGUCUCCAUUUGGUCACUUUCAGGUUGAUUAUGCCAUCAAUGCCUUUCACCAAAAAACUGUCUACUUCGGCAUCAGCAACCUUAUUUCGUAACUGUCUUACACCUCAAAGCUGCAGUUCGACACUUUUUCUGGGUUGUAUAAAUCCAUUAUUGAGAAGGGUUGAAGAGUUUUGAAUUAACCAUUUCGUGCUGCUGGAGACGUUGCAACAGUGUAUCACCUGUUCCCAUUAAAAAGUUGCAAAGGCUGUAGUGUGUUCAAGCUUACAUGUGGAAGAUUUUUCUACUUGCAGUGUUGGCCACACCUGUAAAGGAAAAUAGUUUUGUCCUUCCUGAAUUUUAUAUUCAUAGUGCAAAAACAAUGGAAACUUCUUUGGUUCUUUUAGAAAUUAUUUUUAUUUUCAACAUUUUCAUUGUUGCAAGACUAUGAACUUGCAUAUGCUUUCAGCAAAGAAAUAUGAGAUGUGAAUUGUGAAGGGAGGGUUCCAUCAUUUGUUUUUAUCUCAUUGUUUGCUUACUAAUGGGAUUGGAUGCAAUUUUAGUCUGGUAAAUCCAGUCUUUAAUUCA